AUGAGUGCGCGCAAGACAACAAAGGGUUCAAAAUUUGACGAUAUGGAUAGAGCUGUGUUCGAAUGGUUCAAGCAAAAACGCGCCGAGGGAUGUCCUGUAUCCGGGCCAUUGCUGUUCAAAAAAGCGAAAUGGUUUCACUGUGAGAUGAAGAUUCCUGAACCAUUUGCUGCGUCUCAAGGAUGGCUGCAAUGUUUCAAAUCUCGCCACGGAAUUAGACAGUUGGAUAUCCAAGGUGAGAAACUAAGCAGUGAUUCUGACGCUGCAGCACUAUACGUAAUGGAAUUUAAACGUCUUGUCAAGGCUCAUGAUCUUUCACCUGACCAACUUUAUAAUGAUGACGAGACUGGUUUGUACUGGAAGGUUUUGCCGUCAAAAACGCUCGUAUCAAAAGAAGAAAAGUCUGCUCCAGGUCACAAGUCCAGUAAGGAACGAAUAACAGUGCUAGCAUGCGCUAACGCUAAUGGUUCGCACAAACUGAAACUCGUAUGCAUUGGAAAGUCUAAGAAUCCACGAUCAUUUAAGAGAACACAAAUGCGCAAUUUUCCUGUCCUUUACUACAAUCAGACCAAAGCAUGGAUGAACAGAGAGAUUUUUAAAGAUUGGUUUUUUAAACAUUUUGUUCCUGCUGUUCGAGACCAUCUAAAUUUGCCACAAAGAGCUGUGUUACUGUUGGACAACGCACCUUCCCAUCCUAUCGAAAAUGUCCUGAAAACAAGCGAUGACCAGAUUUUCGUCGCAUAUCUUCCUCCAAACGUGACGGCGCUUAAGCAACCUAUGGACCAGGGCGUCUUAGAAGCAUUCAAGUGUCGUUACAGGAAAUCUUUACUCCAUUCAGUCUUGGAAGAAGAUGGAGAUGUCCGUGAGUUUUACAAGAAAUGGACAAUUAAGGACGCAAUUUUCUCAUGUUCAGAGAGUUGGGAUGACAUGCCGAACUUAACCUUUCGAAAGUGA